AGCCACCCACCGCUCCGAUCCCCCGGCCCGCAUCGCCCACUUCCGAAAUCAGAACCCUAGCUCGCGUGCUCCUACCCCUAGAAUAGAAUAUUCUGGCUGUUCAUGGCAACGGAGAAACCCUCGUCAGAGGCGGCGCCGCCGCCGCAGUUCCAGGUGGACGAGGCGUAUGAGUACCGCGCGCUCAACUACUUCGACUUCGUCACCGACGAGAUGGACGACCAAGUCCGCGCCGCCGAGCACUGGUUCGAGGCCGGCGCUAGCCACGCACCCUCACGGUUCGCCCCGACGAUCAAGGAGUCCAGAGUGGCGGUCAAGAUCGACGGACUCUGCGACUUCGCCGACGCAGAGGACCCGCCAGCUCCGUGUUGUCGCCGUGCCCCGCCAUGUCGGCCACCGCCGGGCCGUCUCCUCCCCCCAGCCCGUCCCUCCUGUGGAGGGAGCUGACGCCGCCGCUACCGACCUCACCACGGUCGCCGUCGUCGCGGACAAGCUCGCCACGGCGCAGUCGUCGACGAGAGCAUGGAGGCAACAAUGCCUGCGCCACCGCGUCUUUAGGAUCUGAUUGCUUUUUUACAUUUUUUUAGGGUCCUAGUUGCAAAGUUUAGAAACUACAGUAUGAUUGUACUUUUUUCAUUUUGGUCAGGCCCCACCAUGUUACAAGGUUUUGUAAUAAAUUAA